GAGGUCAAGCCACUGCGCAGCACUACAGAGAGCCGCAACUCGCAGAACACGCGAUGCCUCCGGAGCUGGAGUGGAGGGACAUCUCUGACCCUUUGGCGCACUGCUUGGCAGCAGGCUCCUUGCUCCUCACCGGCUUGCCUGGGACCGGCAAAACCCACCUAGCUCAGCGCAUCGUGGCCGUGCUGCGGGAACAAAAGCAAGCCGUGCACAUCGUGGCCAAGACGCACUGCGCCGCGCAGAACCUGGGCCAGGGAGCCCGCACGGCUGACCACUGGCUGCGGAAGUUUGUGCGCCACGGGAACGUGCGCCUGAUUGAUUGGCUGGCGGUCGAAGAAAUUACGCAGCUGGACACCGUGCUCUGGAACGACAUUGCGCGCUUGGCCCUGAACACCCGCAUCCGCUUCAUUCUCCUGGGCGACUUCCGCCAAUUGCCCGCCGUGCUAGAUAGCUUUGCCGGCGCCGAAGUUCAGCGUGAGCUCCAGCACGUAAUCUUCGACUUUUUGCGCUGGCUGCGUAUUGAUGAGCCGGAUGAGACCCCACUGAACCGCGCUCUCUGCGAAGCUUGGGCCAAGUUCCCGGACAAGCGCAUCACACCAGACACGGCCCUGGCAAUAAGCCAUUGGCAUCGCACUCAACUGAAUGAGUCAAUAAAUCGGACCACAGCCCCUGCAGGCGCAAUACUCUUCGUAUAUUCCCCUAGCGAGACCACCAAGAAUUUGACCAAUAAGCCACAGACCAUGCGGAUCUGGCCGGGCAUCCGACUGGUGGGCGCGGGCGGCAAGAUUUGCAAAGGCACGUUUGCAACGGUCAAAACAUGCGGCGAUGAAGCCGUGGAGCUAGAGGACGGGCACUUGUACGUGGGAAGCUCCAGAGCGACCCGCUCGGACCUCUUGUCUGCGCAGACGCGGAUGCCGAAACUUCUCGAGCUCUUCAGCGGGACGGGCUCGAUUGGCAGGGCCUUCCCGGCUAGGGGCUGGGAGGUCGUUUCCGUAGACCUGGACCCCAAGUUCCAGCCCACCAUCUGCUGCGACAUCAUGGAAUUGGACGAGGCGGCCCUGGGGCACAGGAACCUCGAGGCCGGGGAUCGGCUGGUGUUGCGCACGCUACAAAUCAUCGAGAACCUGCGCCCCAGGUGGUGGGCUUUUGAAAACCCGCAGACGGGCCUGCUCAAGACGCGGCCGAUGGCCUCGGAGACCAUGUGCCGCAAGGACGACCGCUGCGAGGCCUUCGCGGAUGGCAUCCACCCCGAGUGCCCA